AUGGACGACAUGAACACACCAACAACACCAAACCCUCCUCUCCGACGCCGAAAGUCUAUCGCGACAUCGGUGAUGGUCGCCACCAAGCACAGCCUCCCCACAAAGACCCAGCACCACACCUUCAGCUUUCCCUCCUCCACCACCACCACUGCCGCCACGUUGUCAUCAUCAUCCCCGACCUUAUCGUUUCAGUCAUUUCCAAACGUCGAUUUCGAUCUCCCCUCAAUCAAACCCAUCUCCUACACCUCUCUCAAAGACCUUCUACCAUCCAUGGCAGUCCAAUCCCCGACGGCCCAGCCCCAAGCCCAAUCCAAUAUCUCGAUCCGCAACCGUCUCGUCAAGCAGGCCGCGUGGGCCUACCUCCAGCCCAUGUCUGUCUCGCCGGACUCCGCCGGAGAUAGUUUCCUUCACCGCCUGUGGGUCAGAUUCUCCGGCGGAGACUUUCUUAAGAAUCCAUGCUCUGCUCUAUUUAGCUUCAUUGAUCGCCACAUCUCCAAUCCCCGACGGCCCAGCCCCAAGCCCAAUCCAAUAUCUCGAUCCGCAACCGUCUCGUCAAGCAGGCCGCGUGGGCCUACCUCCAGCCCAUGUCUGUCUCGCCGGACUCCGCCGGAGAUAGUUUCCUUCACCGCCUGUGGGUCAGAUUCUCCGGCGGAGACUUUCUUAAGAAUCCAUGCUCUGCUCUAUUUAGCUUCAUUGAUCGCCACAUCGUUCGGACUAUUACCGGGUUUUUUGAUCGGUUGCUCCGAGCGUUUCGGAUUUGGAGCUCCAAAUAGCGGCGGUGACAUUGACGGUAACGGUAAAAUUGACAGUAAUGGCAACCGUUACUAAUAAUUGAACUUUGAUUCUCAGCUUUCAGAAUAUUAUUGAUUUUUAUAAUUGAACAAAAAAUAUAUAUAUAUAUCAUCUUUGAGCAUGGUCAUGCUAAUCGGCAAUACGUUUUAAUGUUAUCGGAUGUUCCCUCGAGUCGACAGUUG